AUGGGUAAGUAUGGAGUUGCUUUAAACACGGAGUUGCUAGGAACUCCUUCUCACAAGCAGAGGCAAUGUGAGGCUUGUCAUGCACAAGCAAGUCGACAUGGCCAUGGGAGGCUUGUCGUGCCUUGCCAUAUUCAAGACUUGCCCAAGAUGAAGAGGAGAGGCUUGUCGAAUAAGGUGCGCACAUCAUGCGCAAAGCAUGUGCAAAGCCUAAGCACAACCCUUUGA